AUGGACCUCACCGCGGCAUGGCAAGAAUUGACGCGUUUUCAGGAGACGGGCAUCGCCACCUCGGCUCAUAUCUAUGCAAACGAGAAAGAAAACGCACUAGUGCAUGAGUUUCUGACGAAGGUUCCAGUCGCGACGCUUUUCGCGUGUCUGCAGGAUGCUAGCGACCAUGGAUCUGACAAGCAGGUGAAGAAGGCGUGCAAUUGCAUCAACCGUGUAAUGGGCUCUGAAGAUGACGGCAAAAGUCUUUUUUUCCAGCCAGACAUUGUGCCUUUUAUACUAGCAGGUCUGACUCAUGUGGAGAAGGAGACAAGAGCGCUCGUGACGAAUCAGUUUAUUGCACACCUUGGCAGAAAACCAUCGCUAGAUCAGGUUAAAGUUGUGGCAGACCCGCUGGUUCUAGAGCAACUUUGCAGUGUUGUUGCAGAUGAAGAUAUUGAGGUUGCUGCCAAGGCCUCGACAGUCCUGGAAAUGCUCUCAAGCAUUGGUGACAGUGGAAUCUACCGAGCAGUACUAAAUUCACUCAAGAGCAAAGCGCAAAGCAGUGAGAUUACUGAGAACUCGAUCGAAUUCAUGCGGUUUCUGGAGACAAUCAUAAAAAUCUGCGCACAAAAGGAUGAACACAUGGAGUAUGGAAUUUCCUCGGGUGCCAUCGAUCUGAUUCUAAACUGUUUACAAUCAGACGACCCGCUCUUCUUGAUGAACGUUGUCGACUUAGUGCCGGCAAUUUGCCAGACCAAGAUUGGUGUUCAGUAUGUUUUCCAGUCAGGAACGUUGAAGACUUUGUUGACCAUGACGGAAGACCCGUUUGUUGGAGAUAACGCAAUUCGACUUCUAGGCGAAAUAUCGGCUACAGCAGCUAGGAUGAACAUCGAGACGUGGAAUUGGAGUGAUGCUACACUCUCAAAGGCUUUUUUGGAGACCGUAAAAAGCAAAAUGCAAAGCACGGAUUCGCUUCAGCAGAUUGCAGCGAUGGACGCGUUGGCUGCGUUUGGAUCCUCGUCAGACAAAGAACUCGACUUUCUGCUCCAACACCGAAGUAUUUGUCAAAUGUGGCUACAGUUCGGCAGUAGUACUAAGAUGCCUGUAAAAGCCAACUGUUUCCACUCAAUCGGACGCGUCCUCGGAGCACACACGCGACUUACAAAACAGGUCGAUCAAGUACCGGAGGAGAAUGCAGGUGUUUGGAGCAUGUGUGAGCGCUUGUUUAACAGUCUUGGCGCGGAGUGCGCACAGGAGUCGACGAUGAUAUUUCUGAUGAAGACAUUGAAGCAGCCAUUUGAGGAGUUGCGGACAUCUGUUUUCCACGUGCUACGCUCGGCGGCAGCGCAGAACAGUUCAUGGGGCAUACGUGUGCUGCUUUCGUAUGGCGGUUUCUUUGAGUUCCUCUUAGAUCGUACGACUGAGCCAACCAAGGAGACGCGCGAGUGGAAAUUUGCUGUGCUGGACGCCGUCCUUGCCUCACCGUUUCAGUCGCAAUUGGACCCAUCUUUGCUCGAAAGGUUGCAAAUGAGUAUGCGUCGUGGUCCCUACACUGGAGCGACAGCCCCGGUUGAAAUGAAACUCGAGUCGGUGUAA